CUCGAUUCUGAGUGUAUAUUAUAGUCAAAACCAGUUUCUGGGGCAUCUCAAAAUCAAUGGAAGAUAUUGGAGGCAGUUCCUCAAACGACAACAACAACAAUGGUGGCAUCAUCAAGGAACAGGACCGGUUGCUGCCAAUAGCCAAUGUUGGUCGGCUCAUGAAGCGGAUUCUUCCUCAGAACGCCAAAAUCUCGAAGGAGGCGAAGGAGACGAUGCAGGAAUGUGUGUCGGAGUUCAUAAGCUUCGUGACGAGUGAGGCUUCGGAGAAGUGCAGGAAGGAGAGGAGGAAGACAGUGAAUGGUGAUGACAUUUGUUGGGCCUUGGCAACACUAGGCUUUGAUAACUAUGCUGAACCAAUGAGAAGGUACUUGCAUAGAUAUAGAGAGGUUGAGGUAGAUCAUAAUAAGGUCAAUCUUCAAGAAAAAGGGAAUAGUCCUGAAGAGAAGGACGAUGAAUUAUUUAAAUUGAGCAAUAGAGGGGUUGGGCUUUGACCAAUUAUUAUGCUUAUAGUAGACAGGAACUCGUUAAUCCAUUCAUACUCAUCACUGAUUACUGAUUAGAUGAAUUAGUAAUUUUAAGGUUUUUGUGAGGAUGAGAUAAUAUAUGUAAUAAUUUUCUUGUCUUAAUUGGAAUUUAUCGAGCUUAGAACAAGAUUACUUGUUUCGCUUUUCUUUUAAA